AUGCCAAGAUUUAUUGAUAAUAAGGAAAAUCACAUCGAACUGCACGGAUUUUCAGAUGCUUCUAUCAAGGCGUAUUCGGCAGUUGUCUACAGCAGAUUAGUACGCGCGAAUGGUACUGUUUCUGUGUCACUCAUAGCAGGAAAAACCAGAGUUGCUCCGCUGAAGCAGCAAUUACUACCACGCCUCAAGCUGUGUGGAGCUCUGCUACUUAGUCGACUCAUUUCUUCAAUCAACACAAGGACAUCGUCAUACAUGCGUGGUGCACUCAACCAUCGUUUUGGCAUGGCUUUCACCCCAUCGAAGCUCAAAACAUUUGUGGCAAACCGAACGACAGAAAUACUCGAUACUAUACCUCGCAAUGCCUGGCAUCAUGUAAAUACUAAGGAAAAUCCUGCUGACUGCGCCACGCGAGGCAUGCUGGCUGCAGAACUCAUUCAUUCCGACCUGUGGUGGAUGGGUCCUCCAUGGCUGCAAGAUCAAGAAAAACUCGAGGUUAAGUUGAGCUGCCAAAAGUUCUGUUCUUCUAUUUCAGAAAACCAUGGUAAAGAAGAGGUGAAGACCACCGCACUGACUACUCAGGAGGUCAUCUUAUUGUCACCCAUCGAAGCACUGGCUCAGCGGGUCUCAUUCUGGACAAAAAUGGUUCGCAUUGUAGCUUACUCCCUACGCUUCAUCCAAAGGAUCAAGGCUAUUAAGUCAGGCACGCUGACAAUUUGCAAGGGGCUCACGUUUGAGGAGAUGCAUGAUGCUUGCAUUCUUUGCCCUCAAGAGGCUCAGAAAUGCUUUAAGAACGACUACAAUCUAUUGAUGGAGAAAAAGCCACUUCAGAGCCGCUCCCAGCUCAUCAAGCUUUCACCGAUCAUUAGCAAGGAUGGCCUUCUUCGAGUCGGUGGACGACUGGAUAAUUCACAAUUACCAGCUAAUGUCAAACAUCCAAUUUUGCUUCCCAAAUCGCACAGCAUUACAAGGAUGAUUUUGGAACACGAACAUGCGUCAAAUCUGCACCCUGGAGUUUCAGCACUUUUUGUCAUUAUCCGCCAAAAAUAUUGGGUCUUUGGCGCACGCAACCUCAUAAGGAAUCUGGUGCACACCUGCAUCAAAUGUUUUCGCCAACGAAAUCAAACAGCACAACUAUUCAUGGCCGAUCUACCGGGGAUUCGUAUUACAGAAGCACUUCCCUUCCAGCUCUCAGGCUGCGAUUACGCUGGACCAUUUAUUCUCAUAGCAUGUCUUCGUCGUUUCACGUCCCUGCGUGGGAAAUGUUCUCAAAUAUUUAGCGACAACGGGACGAAUUUUGUUGGUGCCAAGCGGGCUUUAGAUGAAAUGCAGCAACUUUUAUCUUCACAGGAGCAUCGUAAUACAGAAGCGCAAGCUUUGGCAACCGAUGGCAUAAAAUGGAAUUUCAUUCCUCCACACUCGCCACACUGGGGCGGAAAAUGGGAGUCAGCGGUACGUUCUGUGAAAUUGCACCUUCGACGCGUCGUGGGAAAGACGAUCUUGACUUUUGAGCAAAUGCAAACUCUAAUCGCCCAGAUAAGCGCGGUUGUGAACUCAAGACCGUUGUGCUAUACACCUAACACUGAACUCACAUACUUGUCGCCAGCCCACUUUCUUAUUGGACGCCCACUAGAGGGUGAUCUAACUCAUUUGCAAAUCAAUCGCAUGGACUAUUGGCAACAUUUGCAAUCCAUGUAUCAAGGAUUUUGGAAACGCUGGCACCAGGAAUACUUAACAUCGCUACAGCAACGUCACAAGUGGAACAGCAAGGAACGCAACAUUUCAGUGGACAACGUCGUCCUUGUAAAGGACUCAAAUCUUCCACCAGCAGCUUGGCAACUAGCCCAUGUGUUAGAAGCUCAUCCUGGACCAGAUGGAUUUGUACGCACCGUGUUUCAGGGCGGCCCGGGAUGGUGA